AGUUUUCAUCGUGAACGAGAAUGCCCCCGGAGAUCGUUGAGCCGCGAUGAAAGUGAAAACUGGACCUCCGGUCAGCUUCUUAUUCAAACGCUUGGUUACGUCAACGAAGUUCACAUGUCCUGUCGAAUUACUCGAUGAAAUAAGCGUGAAUACAAUGCGUGCAUCUUAUUCUUGUCAUCCAUACCCCUUCUCUACGAAUCCGUUGUUCUUCCUGGAACCGCAGUCUAUGCCCGAAGAUUCAACUUUUCCAACGUAAUAGGAUCGUCAGUUGCGAGUCGUCAAGUUCUAAGUCUCUUCAAAGUUCUUUUAUUCUGACUGUGAAUGUGAUCAUUUUGAAGUAAAGUUGGUGCAACUAUGGCAAAGUGAAACUAUUGAGAGAGAACCUGGUUUAACGCUUUGCCUGUCAAGUUCAACAACCAGCCCGCUGCAUUACAGAAGUCUAUCUUGGGCUCAUCCAACCUAUAUCCCACGGACCUCACAUAGGUCAACCCGGGUCUCGAACCAGCGACCCAGGGGCGGGGAAUUAGGUCAAGGGUGGACAGAGGUGCCAUCGGAAUUGUGGUCAAAAUCAAAAUGUCACCAACCACGGGCGGGGUGCGAAGCUGGAAGUUUGAGUUGAAAUUGGCGGACGACAAGUCGACUCGUAGUCCGAACACGGGGCUUUCCGGCCGCUUCAUUUGUCUCCUCCUGAUCGCUUGCGGCGAGUGCAUCCUGACACCUGUCCCAUUAAUCUACCCGGGCAACGACACGGAUCCCGAGGGAGGCGGGGGCGGGGGAUGGCGCCCCUCCCCCGGAUUCAUUACCCCCCGCCCGGGCUCCGUGCUCGGCCAAACGAGAUUGGGAUACAACGUCACUGUCCCCGUCAAAAGACACGUCUACGACUACGGAUACGACUCCCCAUACGACUUCAAGUACCCGCCUGAUAGUUUUCGAGACGGUGAUUACAAUGGACAUUGGCCGCCCGUCUCCGGUCCGGGUGUUGGACCCGUCCCUAGACCGGUUCCUCCACCGGUCCCGGCCCCCGUCCCCGCCCCAGGGAUCGGCUACCAGAACUACCCUUACCCGGGCCCACUGGUCGUUCGGCCACCCAUUCAACAGGACCUCCUCCUGAAGACGCUCCUGGUCCCGCUGACGGGGGCCGCCCUCCUUGGAGUCGCCGCUUUCCUUGUGAGCAAUCCGGUGCUCUUCAAGUUGGGCGUCGUCGCCGGCAGGAGACGCAGAAGGCGCAACGUUCCUCUCCGUCCGCAACACCCACAGGCGCAGGCGCCCGCCACCACCUUCGACGAUUUCCUCACGUUGCAAAAGUUUAUGAGCCAGCUCUCUCCCGAGCAAGUAUCGAGGAAUAAGGAUAUUGUAUUGGCUAAUUAUCUCACAUGCUCUGGACUUAUGGCGGAUUCUGCAUGUCUAGAGGAAUUGGCCUGUCGGGCCGCACUCAUCAAACCAAUGGCGCUUCAGGAUCAAAUAACACAAAUAGCUAUGAGGGAAAUACUGUCGAAUGCUUUCAUACCAUCUGCAACGAAAGAAAAAGUAAAGAAGGCUCACCUCACUGGGCUCACGACACAAAGCUGCUCAAAAUUUAUUUGUACGAAUUAGACCCAGUUUUAAUGAGUGGAUCAUACAUUGGUGAGUAUAGUAUUAUGAUGUGAGUACUUAAUGCAAGUCGGUGUUGAACAAGUAUCUUUCAAAGCUUCAUUUUGAUGGCCAAAGUGCAAAACUUUGUACCUUUAUUGAGGUGUUUCCGCUCCUAUUUCAUUUUUUUAAAGAGGCACAAGCCAACUGUAAAGCUUGAAAACUUGUACGGAAUUACAUCUCACGGUCUUUCAGGAGAUAUACGGAAUUUCAGAAAAUAUUUCUGAGAAAUUCUCCAUCACCUAUGACUAUCUCAAAUAACUCUAUCUGAAUCUCACGUAAUUUUAAUGAUCAAGUGUACCAUUUUUUCAAUGAAAAGAAUAAAGUUUCCAAAAACAUGUAAAUAAAUAAAAGUAACAGUAAGUUGUUUAAA